AUGGCUCUUGCAGUCCGAAGUGUAUUGAGAACUGUCUCGAGGAGGCUGCAAGCCCGUACUUAUGCGGAUGCACCCAAAGAGGGAGAAAUGGCCUUCACUUUUGCUGCUGGCAAUAAAGUGUUCUAUGACAAGCAGGUUGUGAAACAGAUUGAUGUGCCAUCAUUCAGCGGAUCUUUUGGUAUUCUACCGAAACAUGUUCCCACUUUAGCUGUUCUAAGACCUGGUGUUGUCACCGUACUUGAAAAUGACGGAAAACAGAAUAAGAUAUUUGUUUCCUCAGGCACCAUCACAGUUAAUGAUGAUUCCUCAGUUCAAGUGCUAGCGGAGGAAGCUCAUCCCCUGGAAAGUUUGGACCGUGCUGCGGCUCAAGAGGCGCUCAGCAAGGCACAGUCUGAACUCAACAGUGCUGCUAAUGAACAGGCCAAAGCGGAGGCUGCUAUUGCUGUUGAAGUAGCCGAAGAAAUCGUGAAGGCCGUGUCUGCGUAA